UUUGUGUUUAGGUUGUUUGUAGUUGUAGCUUGUUCUUUGUAUUGUUCCCAUACAUCUCUCUUCCUAUGGACCCUCAGGCUGAGGAGCAAUGGGGUUCCAAGGCAUGGCAGCUUCUGUCUCUGGUCCGAGCCCAAUCCCCUCUGGUCCAGUGCAUCACCAACUUCGUCUCCAUGGACAUCGUCGCCAACACGCUCCUCUCCGCCGGCGCAUCGCCCGCCAUGCUCCACGCCGCAGAGGAGCUCCCCGACUUCACCCCACGCGCCGCCGCCCUCUGCCUCAACGUCGGCACCCUCUCCCCCUCCUGGCUCCCCGCCAUGAACGCCGCCGCCAAACUCUGCUCCGAGCUCGGCACGCCCUGGGUCCUCGACCCCGUCGCCGUCUCCGCCUCCGCCUUCCGCUUCGACGCCUGCCGCCACCUUCUCAGCCUCAGGCCCACCGUCGUCCGGGGAAACGCCUCUGAGAUUAUCGCGCUCGCUUCCGCACAACCACACGCCAACGCCUCCAAGGGUGUGGACAGUGUUCAUGAGUCGAUGGAUGCAGUUGAAGCCGCAAAGUUGUUAGCUCAGACAAGUGGUGCCAUAGUUGCAGUUUCAGGAGCCACUGACAUUAUCACGGAUGGAAAUCGAGUUGUUGGUGCUCACAACGGGGUGGCGAUGAUGCAGAAAAUAACAGCAACUGGUUGUUCAGUCACUGCACUGAUUGCUGCCUUCGUUGCUAUUGACAAAAGUCAUGCUUUGGAUGCGACAGUGUCAGCAUUAGCUGCAUUUGGUAUUGCUGGUGAGCUAGGAAUGAAGAUGGCUAAAGGUCCUGCAUCGUUGCGAGUGCACUUGAUCGAUGCCCUUUAUGGACUUGAUGAAGCUGCCCUGAAUUCUCAUGUUAAUAUCACCAGUUUGUGUUGAAAUUUGAAGAUCUGCAUGCAAAAUGGUAAUUAUCAUAAAAUUCAUAUGUAUCACAGCUGUCUAUAUCAAUGGUGUCCAACAGUUGAAAAGGGACCUGGAUCAUUAAUUGGUUGUCAUGUGGUAGUAGAGACCCUCUUCAGUUUAUGUCAAUAAUCACUGGUAGCUACCAUUAGUUUUUAUUUUAUUUUAUUUUAAUAACCAAGUUACCUCUAGUAAUAACAGGAUGUUUAUAUAGUUUAAAAUAUCUCAUGGUUUUAGCCCCUGCCCCUAAUUUAUUUCGGUAAACAUUUUGCAUGUAUAGGUUUAUUUUCCAAAGUUAACUCUUCAUAAUUUCUGUUUGAUGUAUAGCAGUAUAGGAAUUGGUUUGGUGGAGGUUGUUUAUGAGCUCCUGAUGCAUUGUAAAUCAUAUUGUCAACUGGUAGAGACGUAGAGUAUAUAAUGUAAUAAGUAACAUUUUCUUCCAUUUCAUGAUUCGUAUGCAGUAAACUUUGUCUU